AUCCUUGCAUUCAAGACUGUCAAUCAAAAUUCAUGUAGAAAUUCAUAAAUAAUUGUGUUGUGAUUGGUACUGUGAUUUUAACAACAUGUUCUUUAAGCGGUGCUGCUUUUUUUUGCCCCUAAACGUAGGUUGCAUGAUCAUUGGUGGGAUCUUCAUCAUUUUCCAUGUUGGGGAGCUAAUAACGCAUACGAACGACACAAUAUUUAUCAGGGAGGUGUCCAACAAAUCCUGGAGUCCAGUCGUCAUGUCUCCGGUCCUGGUUUUUGGAACUCUAAGCUCUAUCCUGCUCGUCUAUGCGGCCUCCAAGCGCAAACGAGGUUUUGUUCUUCUCUGGCUAGUCGUAUACGUGAUUAUACUUUUGUACUUUAUAUUGGCCGUUGUCGAGCUGGUGAAAGUCAAACCCCCUCCAAUUAUAUUGACCGUCCAGGUGGUGAUUAUUGUUGGGCUGGUGUACUCUCUGAUGAUAGUGCACGCUUUCUACAAAUAUCUCGGCAGUGUGGAAUAUGACGAUUCUAUUUGAUCUACUGUCGUCUGAU